ACAAACAAAGUUUAAACUUUAUCAGUAUCAUGGUUUAAUUUGUGUCACAUAGUUUGAUUUCAAAAGAUGUCGUCGUCGUGUGAAUCUAUUCCCGUUCUUUAUAUAAAAGCAAACAAUAACUAUGACGUUGGUUAUAAAAUAGGACAGACAUUCAAACAUUUUAUACGGGAUCAUUUAACAUCAGAAACUGCCAAAUCUUUGUGGUCGUUUUACGAAUCUAAAGAUGGAAGGAAAAAGUACGCUGAUUCACUUGAAGCAACUCGGAAGAGUUAUCCAAAUAUCAUCGAGGAAAUUCAAGGAAUGGCUGACGGCUCGGAUGUUUCUUUUGAGAAGCUGUUUCUACAAGAUAUGGUUUCAGAAAUUCUACUUCACUAUUCCCACGUUUCAAAAGAUGUUGAUAAUACGGACAGAGAAGUUGCCGGAUGUACUGAUGUCAUGGUAAACACCGAGUCGUGCCGAUUGAUUGGCCAUAAUGAAGACUGGUCACCCGAAGUUCGAGAUGGAAUGUUUAUGGUGAAUGUAGACCUAGAUAAAGGUACACCUAGUGAAACAGUCAAAGGUAACAAGGAAGUAAACAAUGUCUUUGCAAGUAGAAACGAAAGGUACCUAGCGAAUAUGUUUCCAGGAUUUCUUGCUGGUAAUACAUUUUAUGUUAAUGAAACAUUUGCGGUUUCAGUUAACUCUCUUGUACCAGUUUCCGUGAAUGAGGGAGCCGUGCCUGUCGAUAUUCUACUCCGGGCUCUCAUUGGCUGCGUUAGUAUUGAAGAAUGUGUGACGGUGAUGAAGAACGAGCCGGUUGGAUGCUCGUUUGGAAUUAACUUAAACAUUGCUAGUAGACAGUCAGCAAAUAUGUGGUCUUUGGAGGUGUAUCCGGAUUAUGGUAAAACGUUGGUUAGUCUGAGGGAAAUACCAUAUUCAGAUAGUGCUGUUACAGACUCUUACUAUAUACAUACUAACCAUUAUAAACAUGUGGAAAAAGCUAAGGAAUCGCCAGUGUUAGAAGGGUCAAGGGCUAGAGAAGAAACCGCCGGGAACAUGCCCGUUCCAGCAAAAAUACAAGACGUGUGUUCAGUUUUAGGAGAUACAUCCAGCCAUAUAGAGCCUAUACACAGAGUGCCAGGAAAAAGUUUCAACAGAAAUAGUCGCACCACAACAAUCGCCUCGGCAAUAUUUGAUAUGAACAACGAUCUACUUCGAGUGUAUCUGAAUAACCCAAAGACUUCGAAAUAUCCCAGUCUGAAACUGCCAUUUGUAUAAUUAUUUCAAAAGCUGGAGUUGAAUUUAAAAGAAAAUAACAACUUCUGCACAAUUUAAAAGUCUGGGAACUUAAUUCUCUUAAGUUAAAAAGUCAAUAAACAAGAUUUGUCGCUUAAAAGAAAGAAGAAAAAAAACAACAGUAUUUAGUUUUGAAUGACUAUCUAUGAGAUAAAGUUAAAGAUUAUAAAUUAUUGUUAUCUUCAGACAGAUAAUUAUGCAGACAAGGUCAAAAAGACAAACAUUUAUUUAAUAUCAUCCUUUUUGAAGAAAGUGGAGUUUUACGUGAAUAUCAAGAUUUUCCGUUGGCAUUAUCAGAGUUUACAAAAAUAUACAUGUACUCUAGAAACUGUUAUCCGUAUAAUCAAAUAAAAUAUUACUAUGGGUUUUCAACCACCUAA